AUGGUCCAGUAUGGAGGGUUCGAAACGAAAAAAAAGUAGAAAAAUAAUUGGAUCGAUUUUCAGCCCGAAUUUCCGCCGCACCGUCUCCAACAGAACCAACGUCCCCACUCAUCCGCUUCUGGCACGACCUCAACCUUUGGAGGAGUCUUCUCGUUAGUUUUCGGCGUUAGAUUGAACUGAAAAUGACCAGAACUCAUAUAAAAAAUUAACAAGUUUGUAGAGAAACUUUCCGAAAUCGAAAUUUAGUGGGGAUUUGAAAAAGUCUUAAUUUACUUCUUUUCUAACUGAAUAUUUGCAAAAAAUCUGAAUUUUCUAAAUAAUGAGAGCUCUGAGAAGCAAAAAUGAAUGAGAAGCUAGUUUCUGUACAUAUUUUGAAGGAAAAACCGGAAUACUCGAUUUUCAGCUGUGUUUUUUCCUGUGAAUAGUUUUUCUUUGAACUGAAUAGUCGAUUGCCGUAUUGCAAGUGAUAUACUAAUUUUCUAUGUUUGAAACUGAUAGUUGUGGUAUUUUGGAACUCUUAAAUGAGGUGAAAAAAAUAAAAAGUUGAUUUUUAUUGUUUUUUUAAAAAAACAUGCAGUCAAGUUCAAUCACGAUUUUACAACAAAAAUUAAAUUAGUUUUUGUUUUGGUUAAAAGUUGGUACUUCCGUUUUUCAAAGCUUCAUUAAUUUCGGAAAUAGGAGAUUAUCCGAAGGUGAUAUUUUGCUUGUAAAAAAAAUUAUUUUUGACUAUUUUUUUCGAAAAAUUUGACCGUAGUUUUCUUUAUCGGAUCGGUCGGAGUGUGCCCUAAAUCACAGAUUUCGAAAACGUGAGGAGCGAAAAAAAAAGACGUUUUCUUAUUAGUUUUUAUCGUCCAACUGUUGAAUUUCCAACGAAAAAGGUUAGGAAAACCCAUCAAAAGCCAAAAGCACGAAGAAAACAUUGCUUAGAACUUUGAAUUCAGGAACUCGCGCAUACGAACCGUCGAGCUCCAUGAUCAACCACCCGCCGUCGACGUCACGCCGUCUCCUGGAAUACGACGCGGUGCUGCUCUCCGCCCUGGCGCCGAGCGACAUCGCCUCCCGACACCACCUCAUGGAGUUCCAGAGCCAUCUGCCAUCGCUGCACCGCCAGAACGCCGUCCGUCGAAUCGCCAACAACAUCAAUUUCGCCGGUUCCAACGAACAGACGGUGGGCCGUGUACGUACGCUUCUCGGCCGUCUGGGCAGCGGAAAUGCCCCGAUCACCGUCCAACCUAACAGCCGUUCGCUUUUCGCCACAACCGGAUUGUUUGGGGUUUCCUCUUGUUGUCACUAACGGGAUGUAGCGCGAUUCUGCGGGAAUACGGAUUGUUUACCGGGAAAUUUGACAAGGAUGUGUGAAUAUUCACAAGAAUUCGCUCAAACACUUCCUGAGAGUCCAAAAUUUAUUGUUUCGAAAAAUUAAAAUUUGUUCAAGUUGCCUCUAUGAGGUACAUCAAGCUCAAGGAGUGUUUGAGUGAAUUUUUAGAAAGUUCAAAAAUUUCGGUAAAAAUUAUUAUCUUUGUGAGAAAAAAGUACAAAAUUCGAAACUAUAAGGUUUCCUGAAAAUCUUGGAAGUACUGAACGCAAAGUUUUCGUAAAGGUCGAACGGUAGCUCCAAAAACUUCUUUUAUGAGAAUAACCAAAAAAAAAUCAGUAUUUCUAAGGUUAUCUUGUCGGAAAAUUAAGAUCAACUGCUUUAAAAAAAGGCUCAAAAUUUCCACAUAGUAUAUUUGAAAUUGUAUCAGUUGAUUUAUAAAAAAGAACCAAUUUUUUUGAGUAAAAAUCAGCUUAUUUUAUCAGCAUAGUAUUUAAAUCUUCGAAAGAAGGGGUCUUUAUCCUUGAAGCCUGAAUAUUUCGACUUUUUUUAGAUUUUUAAUGUGUAUUUUCUCUUCUAAAAAUUAUACGGACCCGGAAAAACCCAAUGAAGUUCCUCACGGCAAAUGUUUAAAAAAAGAUUCUAAGAAUUUUUUUAUACGAGCCUCUUUGCCUUUGAACAUCUGACUAAAUGUUUUCCUGAAAUUUUUUUAUUUUUACUACUGACUUCGUCUCGCAAUCGCGCUACGUCCCACUAACGCAUUUUUUAUUGCACUUGUCUAUUUUUUUCCCUUUUGACCAUAUGGGUUUCGCCUGCGUGAAUAGGUUUUUCUUUGGAGUGAGGGCAGUUGGUGGCAGGUUAGAAAUGGAAUCUUGAAUUUUCAAUAACCCUUAUAAAUUAGAUGCUUAGCUUUAAUGGCAAAUUUUUGACCGUUGGCUUCGAAUUUCGUUUUUGAAAAGUUCUAAAGCAAGGUUUUAGCUUAUAACAAGCUUGAAUAUUCAUAUUUAGCUGCUAGAAUAGUUUUCAAUGAAUCGCCUCAUGUUUCCGGGUGUUUUGCUCAUUUUGACGUUUUGUCGAGAAAAUUGUUUCAAUUUUUAGAGCUUUAUAGCGGAAUUUUGUGGCUUUCUUUGUUUUGAUAGAAAGCUUGCACUCCACAUCCAUCCCUAAUAGUCCGUUUCUUAACAUUUUACAUCUGUUCCCAACUGCCCCGCCCCUUAUGGAUUCUCUUCUGUUCUGAGCGCAUGGCAAGACUUAUUUGGUCAUCAAAAUGCCAUUCAUUUAUUGGUUCGAUUUUGUAGGAUCCAGUGGAUGAAGAUCGCAGACAUCGGCCGGUCGUCCUCAACACUCCGUCGGCUUUGGAUCGACUCACCACUUUUGCCAACACCAUGGAGCAGCUCUCCAUUCAGUAAGUUAUGAACAAAAUUGAGCUAGAACUAAAAAAAAGUUUUUUGGAAACGGUCUUGAAACUUGUAAAAAAGAAAAUCAGAAACUUACUGGUAGGACCCUUUUUCACAAUGUCUUAUAGCUCAAAAUUUCACAUUUUUCGAUACUUAAUGGCUCCUUGAAAAUCUCGAAGAAAAGUUAAGUGAAAAAUAGGAAUUCUGAAAAAAUUGAGUUCCCUUGAAUGUGUUAUGCUGUAGGUUAUUUUAUUAUAGUGUAUAUUUUUGAAAUUAUUUGCCGUAAAGGUCUCGAUUUAGAACCUUUUUGUGCAAAAUUCUAGCCUUGGAGGAAUUUUUGAACUUUUAAGGUAGUUUUUAUAGCAACAAUGUGUUUCAAAGCUUUUUAUCGGUUUUUGAAAAAUUCAAGAUCAAAGAUUGCAUGAGCAUUUUGGCAAAUUUAUGAAAAAUAUAAAUCUGCAUGCUAAAAUGUCCCUUUUUUCAGACAAGGUAAUUAUUGAGCCAUAUUCUUCCAGAUACGUCGCUAUACUCGUGAAUACCAUCGUCUCGCGAGCAGCUGGAGACUGGGAAGCUCAAAGAGAAGGAAAACAACCAGAAAGCCGUCAUCCGCCGAUCAACUACCGCUGGAAUCGUCCCGAAAGCGUCGUCACGGCGUCUCCGGCCGCCACCAACACCACGACGACCAUGUCCGCCUCGACGGCCCCUGCAGCCGGAUCUGGCGAAGCAACUCUGACGACGGCCUCCGGCUCCGCGGCCCCCGCUCCAGAAGAAGUCGCAGAGCCCGCUGCAGAGUCCUCGGCUGCUGCAGCUGAACCAGCGCAACCCUACGACGAUCCGAUGGAAGGCGGAGACGAGACUUCGAUGGACGACGCUCCCCUGCCGCAUUCCUCCGCCGCAACUGCCGCCUCGUCGGUCGCCGCCGCCGAAGAACUCGACGACGACAACGAAGAAGACGUUAUCGCUGCCGGUGCUGGUUUGAUCGUCAUACCGGGUCAACCUCCGAGAAUCAUCACUUCUGCAGCUAUGGAAGCGGCUCUUGGAGACGAACUCAUGCAACGACACCUAGAGGUCCGAGCUCCCCCAGAACCUGUUGUUGAUCAUGCUGCCGAGUUCCGGCACAUCCUUGGAGGUGAAUAAAAGUAAUAUUACUGGAAAUUUGAGGUGGAAAAGGAUAGGUCGUUGAAAAAAUAUUAUCAGAAGUGUAGUUUAGAGUUAUCAUUGUUCCUCUAGCCUAUAAAUCUUUAUUUAUUGAUAUGAAGGCUAAAAAUAAAAAAUUAGCGAACUCCGUAACUUUUAUAGAGGCCUCAAAAAACUGAUUAUUUCGACCGAGAUCUGAAUAAGAUCUUUUUGGAACUUUCAAAAUUGAAAAAAAGAUGAAUCAACCACUUUUUCAAUUUUUCAAUGCGAAAUCUGGAGUCUGAUAGAUUUUUUUUUUCCAUGGAGCACAAUUCAAAAACGGAAACUUUGACUUUCAGACAUCGAAAUUCCUGAAGGCGUCGAUCCCGCGUUCUUGGCCGCUCUACCGGCCGAAAUGCGUGCCGACGUCAUCCGCGACUACCAACGUCAACAAAGAGCCGAACGAGCUGCUCGUCCUCCCGUUGUCGCGGCCGAACCGGCGGCUCCUGCUGCCGCUCCAGCCGACGGUGCUCCAGCUCCAGCUGCGCCCCUCGUCGAAGUUCCCGUCGUUGAGCCGAUCAACCCCGAAUUCCUGCAGGCUCUGCCGCCAGAGCUCCAAGAGGUCCAUCUUCCUCGAAUCCAUCUACUUAUUGAUAUAAAAUGUUCCAGGAAGUCCUCCAACAACACGAACGUGCUGUCCGAGACGCUCAAGAAGCCCAAAGACGUGCGGCGGCUCCGCCAGCUCCAGAACCGGAGAUGGACGGCGCGGCUGUGAUCGCCUCCCUGCCGGCCAACGAAAGACUCCAAGUUCUGGCCGAAAUGGACGAAGCCGAACUUGCUGGACUGCCUCCGGCCAUGCAGGAGGAGGCCAGAAGGGCCAGAAUCAACCACUUCGAUCCCAGUGGAAUGCGAUUCCAGAGACUCCUUUUCCGAGGACCCACUCGGGCUGGAAGAACUGCCCAAGGUGAUUGAGGCGAAAAGUAUAAUGGCGCAAUUGUAGAGAGAAUCAUUUUGAUCCAUACAUCGGCUGGAUCGCACCCAAGGCCGCAGUUUAAGGGAGUAUCCCGCACCCCGGGUGGGAUCUAGCCGACGUCUGUUUUGAUUUUUCUAAAAAAAAAAAAAUCGAAAAACCGAAGCUCUUGCCUCUUUGAACAACCCAGCAAUCUGUUUUUAAAAAAAAAUUUAAAAAGAAACAUGAGAUAAUCUACUGUUUUCAGCCCCGACCGGUCCGGUAGUUGGUCAGAAUGCCGGCAACGCCGUCGCCGCCAGUUCGUCGGCCCCUCAAAUCCUCGAUCGCGACUCCAUCAUGACCCUCUGCAUGCUCUACCUGGCUGACAGCAGCAAAAUCGCCUACAUUCGUCUCCAAAGAGUCCUCAAGAACGCCUGUUCCAACGCGGCUUCCUGCGAUUUCGUCAUCUGGUGUCUCUUGGCUCUCCUCGAAAAAGCAGCCGAAGCGAGUUCGGACGACGAAGAGGUGCUUCUGAACCGGAAACCUUGAAAAAAUGAUCGUUUUUUAAAGAUUGUCUCGAUUGUUCCGUCUUGGCUAGAGUCGAUCACUGUCAGCGGCGUCGGACACAACGAGAAGGCGUUGAGAAUCAGCAAGAAUGCCAGUAGAGGUGAAUAAAUGGGUUGGAGAACUGAAGGAUGAGAACAAGAAAAAAAUGUUAAAAAAAUGGUUCUUGGAUCGAAAAAAAGUACAGAAAUUCUAAAGUCAAUUUAAAAACAGAAAUUGAAUGAGAAAAUGACAAAAAAAUCGUUAAUAAUACUAAAAAUAAAGUUAUUGACUGUCAAAAGAAUAGUAAAAAACAUAGGACUAUAAAUUUGAUUCAAGAAAGAAAUUUUCCCUAUCCAUCCCCCAAUAAAUCGGAGAAAAGAUUGUUAUAAAAAUUUCUAAACCUCUUCUUUUUGAAAUAUAACUUGCUAAUCGUGUGAAGAGCCUUAUUAGGAAACAAAUUUUUUUUAUUUGAUUUGAGAUAAAGUAAUUAUGAAGUUAGAGAAAAGAUUUUGAGAAGUUAAUGUGAAAUUCUCAAACUUCAUGCGUAAUUCCACUUAAAACCAUCCUUUCAAUUUUGAAUACCGAAAUUUAUUCAGUAUCGAUCAACUCGAUGCUCUGCGUGCCGCUCUGUCGGAAUAUCCUUGAUUUGUUGGCCGUCAUCGCCAAGGCCUACCCGGGACACUUUUUGCCCUCGAAACUCCGCAAAGACAAGACCGAAUUCACUAAACAACUGCCGUCUUACGAGCAUUUCUGGCACAUGGUUCAGGUUGGUUUUGGUGGGCAAUUAUUGAAAAAUUAGUUUUUGAGUGAGAAAAAUGAAAUGAAAAUGACGCCGCUUAUAAUUUUUUCCAGAACAUGUCGGCCAAAGUUCUGCCGCCGUUGAGAGAGUGCCCGGCCACCGUGCAAAUCGAAGAGAGUCCCGUCGCGCAGCUUCUCCUGUACCUCGAAAAGUCGAGCAUCGAGAAAACUUCGGUCCUUCAAGAUCGCGUCAUGAAAGUCGCCAGCACGGUAAUCAGAAGAAAAUGCAGAAUUUUCGAGAAAUAUCCUCCUCCAGAUCUUCCAAACGCUGCCCAACAAGUCCCUGGACCUUCUCGGAAUCCCCGAAACUCACACGCCGAUGCAGAAACAUCUGCGGCUGGUCGUCGAGAUCCUCACCAAGGGAUCUUGUUCGUCGGAAGGCCUCAGCGAUGGAUUGUCCGUUUUUUUAGAUUGGAAUGGAAAUAUGUGAAUAAUUAGGUUGCGAGUGGUUUUUUAAAAUAAUAAUUUGGAAUUUUUCCUGACCUUUAUAUGGUGAUUUUCAUGGUUUAGAUGAACUGGUGAGAAAAUGAGAAUUUUUCCUAGAAAAGUGUUUUUCGAAGAGUUUCAGCUGUUAAUCCUUCAUUUGGAAUCUGGAAAAAAAUGAUAGCUAAGUUCGGGAUUUUUGAGUUUCAAAAAUUGCUUUUUAUAUUUUUUUGCUUUUUCGAAAAACGCUUACUCAAUGGUACUUGUCUGCAGGAAGGAGAAAAUUUCGAAUUUUUCCAGUUGAACAUUUAGGAAUUUCAGAAAAUUCAUAAUUUUUCUUAAAGUUUUUUUCCUUCUGAAAAAUAGUGAUUGAAGCAGUUUUUUUGAGGUUGCCAGAGUUAUGAAAUAUUAGAAAAUUUAAUUUUUAUCUCAAUUUCUAGUGUUUUUUGUUACGGUAUUCCUCUAUCUAAAAAAAUUUCAUAACCAAUUUUUCGGUAGCUUCGAGAUUUAAACUAUUGAAUUUUGUUGUAAAGUUGAACUGAAUUUUGUCGCAAAACAAUUUCAUUCCAAAAUUCCUGAAUUUCAUUUGAAUAUUUUGAAAGCCAGCAUUUGGAGACUUUUUUUGAAGUCCCCUUCAAAACCAUCGGAAAAGGAAGAUUUUUCAGAACUCUGAUCGCUGAAGCCAUGCGCGGGUUCUCGAGCAGUACGGCUGACAUCAUCUACGACCAUCUAUUCUCGGCCGUUGAGUCUCUCGGAAAACAGUUGAAACCACAGGUUCAACAGAGAAUUUCUCUGAAAUCCCAUCAAAAAUGCUUCCAGGUGGAUCGACUCCUCGUUGAGCUGGAAGAAGCCCAGAAGAAGGAAGACGUUGAUCAGCCGACGUCCUCUUCGGCGCCUCCAGUCGUCGUCACUUACUCUUCUCCAGAAGCCUCGCCGCCGUCGCAGUUUUUCGUCGCCGGCGGACGUGUCGUUCGUGGAAGAAUGGACGGCGAUCAGCUGGUCAUCGACGGAGAGCAGAAUAAUCGACUGGUGAGGAUUGGAGGCUCACAGAGACGUGUAGAAAAUGAAGUAGAACUUGUAAAGUUUGAAUGAAAGUCAGAUUUGUUUGAAAAUUAUUCAAGGAAUUCUUGAAUAAUAGAUUAUUUAUAACAGUUUUCAAAGGGUCAAGUAAUUCUUAGAAUCCAAGAAGGCAUGAAAAAGAAGAAGCUUAGCCGGAAGGAAAGCUUCAAGAGUUUGGAUUUGAAUUUUUCUGCGACUUGAAGAUUGUAUUCAUAAAAAUGAUUCUUGAGAGAUAGGACCUGAAAAAGUUGAAAAAGUACAGUUUCUUGUCUGCAGAUCAUGGGCGCCAGCUCGUGCAAGGAGCUCCAACUUCCAGCCGUCAACGUGCUGACGGACAAGUCCGGACCACAAUACACGCUUCUCAGCUCUUUGCAGACCCUUGUCAAGGUCCCAUCAACCCUCAUUCUCCAAAAAUCCCGAUUUUCCAGGUCCGCAAUCACAUGAAGCAGAUCCGCGACGACAAGAAGAAACGGGAACGCGACGAAAGAGAAGGACGACCGCCAGCGGCCCCAAGGAACCCCGCCCGCGAAGACAUGGCGGCCGAGAGGAUUUUCAGGGCCCUCGAGGAAGAAGGAAUCGACGAGAACGAUACCAUCGAAGCGGUUAGCGUGCACUUGCACAGAAUGGAAGAACGCUUGCGACAGGAGAUCACCCGACGCGGCUGGGCCCCCGUCGAGCCGCCUGCUCCAGCUCCAGCCCCGCCUGCUCCGGCUCCAGCCCCAGAAGCUGCCCCAGCUCCUCCCGCAGAUGCCGCUCCAGCCCCUCCACCGACCGAAGGCGAAGCCCCACCUGCUGCUCCAGAACCCGAGGAGGAAGAGUUCGUCGAGCCUCGCCUCAGCGAACGACUCGCCGGCUUGGAGAGCCUCUGGGAGUCCCUCUCUGAGUGCCUCCUCCGCCUCGGCCGUGCUUCCGAUCCCCACGCCGUCCUCGUCCUUCAACCUGCCGCUGAAGCCUUCUUCUUGGUCCAUGCCUCGGCUCAGAAGUCCAAGCCGGAUUCUGACAAGAAAACGACGAGUUUGGCUCCGGCUCCUGCCGCCGUCGCUCCAUCGACGUCGACGGAUACGGCGCCACGUGAAGAUCUCGACCCCGACGCGGUCAAACUCAUCGCUUUUGCUGGUCUCUUUUAUAUUCUUUCGUUUUUUUUUCUCAUCGAUGUUUCGAAAUUCUAACCUAGUUUCUGAAAUUUGAAGUUGAAAGCUUUUCCUUCUCUAGGGGACCUUUUUUACCCCCGGUUGAACUUUUGAUGAAAAUUCGUAACUUUUCAGAGAAACACCGUCAAGUACUCAACCAGGCCCUUCGCCAGAACAACGCCGUCCUCUCGACGGGUCCUUUCGCCAUUCUCACCCAAUACCCGAAGCUCCUCGACUUUGACGUCAAACGCAAGUACUUCCGCAAAGAGCUCGUCAAGAUGGAGUCCAACUACCGCCGAAACGACGUCUCCGUCCAAGUCCGCCGCUCGCAGGUCUUCUCCGACUCGUACCGCGAGCUGUUCCGUCUGAGGCCCAGCGACUGGAAGAACCGCUUCUACAUCAUCUUCCAAGGUCCGCAAAUGAAUUUUUCUUAGGAAAAGUUUUGAGUUUUUGAGUAAAAAAUGCAUGUCUUAGAACUUUCUAAAAAUUGAUUUCGAGAUUUCAUUUUACCAAAAAAACCUCUAGAAUGAUCUCUGGAGCGAAAUCGUUGAAUAGAAAUUCAUGAAUUUCAAUUUAUCUGAAAUUUAAUUAAAGUUCCCUCAGUUUCUUUAAAAAUCUAACAUUCGCUCAUUUUCUCAGGCGAAGAAGGACAAGACGCGGGUGGACUGCUCCGCGAAUGGUUCUCCGUGAUAACCAGAGAGAUCUUCAACCCCAACUACGCCCUGUUCAUCACGGCUCCCGGCGACAUGGUCACCUACAUGAUCAACAAGGCGUCCUACAUCAACCCCGAACAUUUGGAGUACUUCAAGGUUUGAUUUGUGUGGGGAUGGGAUGGAUACAGGAGGAAAAAGUCACGGGAAUUAAGAAAUUUUCAGUAGCAGAUGUUUUUGAUAGAGAUUAUAUGGAUUUAUUGAGCUUUUUCACUUCGUAUAAUUGAAUGACUGUAUAAUUUCAAAAUUUUUGACUAUAUUUUUUCUUUUUUGAAAGAUCAUUUUAUUUGAAAAGAUGUAUUCCCGGAAACUAGAUAUUGUGAUAAAAGAAAGACGCAGAAACUUCGGAGUCCAUUUUUUUUUUUAUAAGAACGUUUCCAUACUAUCGAUGUUUGGAGGAAAAAAAUUUUUUCUUGAUUUUUCUCAUUUUCGGCCCAAUUGAGUUUCUAACCAAUUUUUCCUUUCCGAACCUCUCUAUUUCGCUAUUUUCCAGUUCGUUGGACGGCUCAUCGCGAAGUCAGUGUUCGAGCACAAAUACCUGGACUGUUACUUCACUCGAGCCUUCUACAAACACAUUCUGAACCUCCCGGUUCGCUAUCAAGACCUCGAAAGCGAAGACCCCGCCUUCUUCAACAGUCUCGAGUUCAUGCUCAAGAACGACAUCGACGACCUCAGCCUGGACCUCACUUUCAGCACUGAAGUAUGCAGAAAUGAUAUAUAUUUUCAUGAUGAUGAAAUGGUCAGGUGGAAGAAUUCGGCGUGAGAAGCGUCCGCGACCUGAUUCCCAAUGGACGGCAGAUCGAGGUGACCGACGCGAACAAGGAGGAGUACGUGAAGCUCGUCUGUCAGAUGAAAAUGACCGGUUCGUUUUGGGAGAGAUUCGGAAGAUCUUUGUUGGAAAGGGAUAUUCGGAGGAAAACUUAAGAGAAUGUCAAUUGUUAGAUUUCUGAAUUUGAAUUCAGAGAAUUGAGGGUAUCUCAUAGAAAAACUAAAGGAAAAGCUCGUUUUUAUAGAUUCGCGAUAUUUGUGUUGAAAAAUUUUGUUAGAAAUCUAAUGAGAAAUUGAGAAAAUUUGAAGAAUUUCAUGGAAAAGAGUUCAAAGAAAAUGACUCAAGAGAUUCCAAAAAUAAAUUGAGGGAAAGGGAAAAAUUCAUACAGAAGGAAGCUCAUUUAGGAUCAUUUUUUUCUUCAUUUUUUUACAUUUUUUUAAUUUUAUAGAGCUCCCAUUGAAGGCUGGUCUCUUUUUAAUUUGAGAUGUUUAUAAGGUUUUUUUAAGUCUUUUAAGCUCUGUUAGCAUCAACUCAAUUCUUAUAUUCGAAGAAUAUAAAAGAGCCUGGAAUCGUAUCAUUUCCGAGUUUAAAAAGGUCAAGAAUACACGCUCAUUUUGAAUUUUUUUUAACUUUUUCAGCUCUCAUACAGAUUUCAUUGAUUGAAAAAAGGGUUGUGUAGAAGUUAUUCUGUGAAUUUUUCAGUGGUGAAGCAAAUUUUCAGUACUUUUUAGUCAGCGAAUUUCUCAAACACUUUUUCGCAACACAUUAAGUUACCUUAAACUCGAGUUUCUAGGAUCGAUCCGCCAGCAACUCGACGCCUUCCUGACCGGCUUCUACGAGAUAAUCCCCAAGAACUUGAUCUCCAUGUUCAACGAACAAGAGCUGGAACUCUUGAUCUCUGGCCUUCCCACUGUGGACAUCGAUGACAUGGCUGCGAACACCGAGUACAAGUCCUACAGCAAACAGAGCGUUCAGGUUGUUAUUUGAGACUUUAUUCAAGAAAUAAGCUGGAAACUUGAAAAACCUUAAUGAAAAUCACUUUAAAAAAUGUGUAUUUAUUUGUCUUUUCAGCUACUUGAACGACUUUCAGAGCGUUCAGGUUAAUAUUUGAGUUUUCUCAAUGAUUUUUCAGAAUGUUAUGAAAGAACUAAUACCUGAGAAAUCAAAAAAUUCGAUAAAAAUCGAUAAAAUCGGUCCUUUCACUGAUCUCCUUUCAGUUUUCCGUUUUGAGCAAAUCGGCUAUGAAAUUCUAUUUUCAUGACUUCUGCACCUGAAACUACAUUUUUCGAAAAUACUUGGAUUUAAAAAAAAAAAAGAUAGAGACGAUGAAGACGUUUCGGAAUCUAGAAUUUUCGAUUUACCUUCAAAUUUCAAAAAUGUAUUUUUUCAGAUCCAAUGGUUCUGGAGAGCCCUCCGAUCGUUCGAGAAAGAAGACAAGGCGAAAUUCCUGCAAUUCGUCACUGGAACUUCAAAAGUAAUCGACUGUUUUCAAAAAUGGAAACAAAUUUCAAUUUUUUCAGGUCCCUCUGCAAGGAUUCUCGUCCCUUGAGGGCAUGAAUGGCGUCCAGAAGUUCAGCAUUCACAUGGAUAGCCGAGGCGGCGACCGUCUUCCAGCGGCGCACACUUGGUUCGUUUUUCGAAAAUGCGGUUUAGAAAAAAGUUGGCAGAGAUUUAAGAGUACUUUCAAAGAAGUAGUGCUUGUUUUUCGUUGGAAAGAAUUAACAUAGAAAAACAAAUUGUUCUCUAUAAAAAUUCCCAAAAAAAUCUCCAGGAGCAUCACUAGAAGCGUGUAAACGCUAUUGAAGGAAAUUAAAAAUGAGUUUUCAGGUUUGAUUAGGAGAAAAAAGGUCAAAAUUAUUUAUUCUGCGUGUAAUUUUUCACAUUUUGAAUGUAUUCUCCAAGAGAAAAUUACCAAAAAAGAGAGUUUCCUUGAGAAAAAAUCGUUAAAAGGAGCUAAAAAUAUUGAAUUUGAGCUUGAAACUUGUACUGUCAGAAACAAGAGUUUUCUUCCCAAAAAAACCCCUAGUUUCAGGGCAAUGACCUUUAUUUAAUUCAAAUCAAGCUUCAAAAUAUGAAUUUGUUUUAUUUUUUCAUUUUUCUCGAAGCUUGAGCGACAUUUUCAAAAGAAGGUCAGUGAAACUCCAUAAAAAUGACUGUAAAAAGACUGAUCUUUCAAUUAAAAAAAGUAUAAAAAGAAACAUAUAGUAUAGUUGCUAAAUUUUGAUGAGUGGACUUUUUCAAAUAUUCAAAAAAAUAAUCCGUUUCUUCAGCUUCAACCAACUGGACCUCCCGCAGUACGAUUCCUACGAAAAAGCUGCGCCAAUCCCUCCUUUUGGCCAUCCGAGAAUGCACCGAAGGCUUUGGAUUCGCCUAAAUUUCCCCAUUUCUUUUUGUAUAAAUUUUCCCAAGGAAAGUUCAAUCCAAUUGCAUCAAUUCAUUAUGCGGUGUAUUUCGAUGGCACUUUUGUUCUCACUCAUUUAUCCCUCUCUCCUUUUUUUUCGCCCUUUUCGUGCCCUUUUUUCAGUAAAUUUUCAUCGAAGGGUUUUUUUUCUUCUUUUUUGUACCUUGGCCUUUUUUUUCACGCAUAUUAUUUUGUAUGUAUUUGAAAAUUUCCUUGAUUUCGGUCGGAAUUUGAUCUUCCAGAAACCCCUCUUGAGCUUUUCCUUUUUUCAAUUGAUUUCGAAAUAAAUAAGCUUUCGACGACGCAAUUCAUUGUUCAUUGCAAUUAUUUCGGUAACUUUUUCUCGCCGGUAUUUUUUUCCAUCCCCUCCAAUCAACAUGUUGAAACCAAAAAGAAAGAAGCUUUUUUGCAUCCUUUUUUCGUGAAUUCCUUCUCGAUUCCAUCACGAAUUGAAGUAUUUAUGGUAUGUAACAUGCGAAUAAAUGUUGUUGUAUAUAUACUUUUUUUGUUUUUUUUAGUGGUUGAACGUCGUGAAGCAGUCUUUUUCAAAGUACUUUUUGAAGGAAAAUCGUGAAAAAUUGAGAAAAAAACACGAAGGAAUUUGGAUAAUUAGGAAGGAAUUUAUUUUCCUUAAAGAAUUUUAGUCAGGAAAAAAAGGAUUGAGUCCUUUUUCCUCUUUCUAAUCUCAUUUUAGGGUUUUUUUCUUGAUAAUAAUGUUUAAAAAAAGGUUUUUAAAAAAUCAAUUUUGAGGAAAAAAAUUUUUUUCACUCAAAAAAAUUGAGCUAAAUUGUUAACAAAAAAAGUUUAUCAUUGAAAUUUUUUUAAUUUAGUUUUUUUGAUUUUUUUAAAAGCCUUCAAAUUAACCAACAGUUACUUUUUUUCGUUCAAAAUAAUGGUUCUCGUUUUCUGAAAUAUUUUAAAUUGGAAUAUUUUUCCUGUUUGACGGUUUUUGAGUAACAUUUUCGAGAAUAAAAUGAAUGGAAAGGUUUUUUUCUUUUUUUCUAUUGGACGACAAAAAAAGAAAAAAAUAAAUAUAUUUCUGUUAAUUUUUUUCCUUGUUUCAAUGAUUUCUCGAAUUUAAGGAUGAAGCUCGCCUCGCGGGAUUUUUUUGAACCGUCUGGCGAAUUUUUUUCCGUUUCUGGGGUUCGGACCCGGCAACUUCAUUUCGUCGUUUUUUUGCCGACAAAAAAAUGGAUGUCUCAAAGGAUUCCGUUCAGUGCAAAGGUUUAUUUUCAUAAUAUCUGAAAGUUUAAAUUAUUGAUCGGAAAUUUGAAGAGAAUCAUGCCAAAUUCUAUAAAAAAAUCGAAUAUAAAGAGAAGAGAUUUUUUUCAGUUUUUUUUUUAUUUUUCGAAAAAAAUUCUGUUUAAAUAAGUUAUAUUGAAGAUAAAAGAGCAAAUAUUCAUUGUUUCAUCUUUUUUUUUAACUUCAAGAAAGGGUUUUUGCCCAUUUAAAAAAAUUAUAAAAAAAUUCCGACAGUAUGCAAUUUUCCGUCGGGGGUGCAUGCACGGAAAAACAUUAUAUUUGACGACUUUUUUUGGGCGUGGCCUUUUUUUUGUUUUAUUAACCAAAUUAACAGUAAAAUCAGAGAUGAUCCCAGUAAAAAAAAACCAAAAAAUCGUUGAGUAUUGUUUUUUUACCAUAAUUUUUUUCGUUUGUUCUAAGUUUCCAAAGAAGCCGAGAAUACUAACUUCAAAAUCAAAAAGAUAAAAUUGAAUGGUUCAUUUUAUGAUCUUGCUUUCAAUUUUUUUUCCUGGAAAUUUUUGAAAUGUGUUAGAAAAAAACGGAGAAACCAAACACUUUAUCUGAAUUGAUUUUCUCAUUGGAAAAUGAUUUUACAUCUCCGUUCUGGAUCCAGAUUAUCACCGGAACUCCACAGAAGGCUGGCAAUUUCUGCGAUUUCUUUCGAAACGAAAAAGCCGGUCCCAGCGAAGCCAACUACCAGAGAAGAAGGAGCUUUGGACAGAUCGAUUCUGGAAGAUGUCCUUAUCAGGGACAAGAAAAAGCCGACCACUUUUACUGGAAAGGUAAAUGAUGUUGUGUACCUUCAGAUGAAGAUUCGUUAGUAAAAAUAGAUGGUAGGAAUUUAAAUUAUAUCCCGUUAUAAAUGAAAAGUUGGUGGUAUGAAAAAAACACCAGCGAAAAAUUCAAACGGCGACUUUUUCCAAUUUUUUUCAUAUCGCUAAGGAACUUUCCGACGGCCACCUUUCCGACGAAUCUUUUUUUCCGACUUUUUUUCUCUCGAUAAACUCUUCGUUUUCAAAUCUUCCUAUAUAAAGUAGGUGGUUGAUUCAUGAUUAAAACACAAAAAAAUGGGAAAAAAAUGUUUAUAGAUGUUUUAAAAAAACUGAAAACUAUAAGGGAAAAAAGUCGGAAAAGUUUCGUAGGAAAGGUGGCCGUCGGAAAGUUCCAUAGCGAUACGAAAAAAUCGGAAAAGUCGCCGUUUGAAUUUUCGCUGGCCUUUUUUUCAUACCACCGAAAAGUUAUGAAACUAAUUGGAAGUGUAGUAUUGCGCCUGUAGAAUAGCCUGGAAAUCCCAGUAGGCCAGAAUUUUCCGUUAUAUUGAUAUACUUUUUUAUAUUUUCUCAGGCUGCCGAAGCAGCUUCGAACACGUUCAUGUACACGGCGGUUCUUGUCGGCGUCGGCCUGAUCGGCGCCUUCAUCUACGUCCUCUGCGGCGAGUUCUUCGCCGAGGACAGUCCCCAGACCAUCUUCAACAAGUUUCCGCCCACAAUAGGGAUAUUGAACCAACUAAAACGAUAAUCAGAGCGUUGUCCCUCGUGCGGGACGACGGGCGCUGCCAGGACCUCUUCGGGCCGACGAUCGCCGGAUACGGGGAGGAGACCUCCCGGGGCCGAAGACGUCACGUCGCCCAUCACAAGUACGAGAAAGACGGUCAUCAGCGGAUCCGCGUCCUUUUCCAUGUCAAGGUAGAGAUUUAGGGUCUGAAUAAAAAUAAAUCUCAAUUCCUGUUCAAAAUAAUUCACACGAUCUUAGGAACUCCAGAUAUGGGCCCCUCUAGGGACCACUUUACCAACCCUUAUUGAGGCCACUAAAGCUUGCAGAAAUGGUCCCUAGGGGUUCUAGUUAUUAAUGGCCCCUGUAGGGAAUAUUUUAACCGAUAAUUGUUAUAAACUCAAUGCGAAGAAGCGUUUCCAUGCGAAAAACUGAAUAAAGUUAAAAGAUCCCUAUAGGGACCACUUGAGCGUUAGGGGCUAUGGGCCAGACGGGGAACCCCUAUAGGAACCACCUUAAUUCACCUCUACAGGGGCAGUUUUUUGUCCCCUAUAGGGGCUGUUUGUUCCCCUAACCCCUAUAGGGACCACUCUGGAAUUCCUUAUAUCAAGAGUUGUCUGACCGAUUUUCAAAAAAAUCCUCAACCUCAAAGGAAAAUAACUUUCCUUUUGAAAUUUUUGAAAUUUUUGCAUCGGAGUGCAGCGUCAUGUGGAGCGCCUACCAUUACUUUCACACGACUUGUCGAUUUUUCAAUAAUAUUUUUCAGGGCGAUCGAGACCAAGGAAUCGCCCAGGCUGAAAUGGAACAACGUGAUGGCGAAUGGGUUUGGAGGUAUCGAUUUUUUGAUUUUUAGCUUCAAAUUAUUCUUAAAAGCUCGAAUUUAAGAAAUAAUCAACGAAAAUUCAGUUAUUACUACGCCUAUUCAUUAAAAAAGCAUUUCGGAAAGAAAAUUGGGAGAAUCGUUUCACAAAAAAAUAGUGUAUGAUCUUAAAAAUCAACCUACUUUUUGUAUUUUUAUUUUUGUGAAAAAUUGUAUUUUCUUUUACUGUUUUCCGCCCUAAUAAUUCUGUCUAUUGGUCACUCUUGUUAGGGCACCGUUAGGAUGAGUACAAAAAUUGGAAUUUUUGAAAAUUAGUUUUUUUUUUGAUCAACCUGAAUCUUGACAGGAAUGAUUUUUGAGCCUUUUUAUUGUUUUUAAUUUUUUUUUUGAAGCAACUCUGUAGUGAAUUUUCAUUGAUACAAUUUUUUUAAAUUUAAUAUUUAUUUUUUUCCAGAUUCCUCUACGUGGAAACGAAAGCCCGGCCGAAAACCACCCAUGUUCUCAUCGAUAAUCGAUAA